UUUUCCAGACAUAGGGCGUAUCUCGCUCGGCUUUUGCAAAUUUGCACUCCUGUUCUAGUUUUGGUACUCUUUUGUCCCUUACCUUGUGCUUUCUAUGCAAAACUUUUAAGAGGCUUUAUUUAUGCCAUAGGUCGAACGUGCAUGUGAGCAUAGGGUCUUCAGGACGCUUAGCGCUUCAGGGCAGGGGCGGGUGGCGCAACCCAGGGGAGGAUGGGCAACCAGGCGUCCCUGCCUUGUUGCGUUGCUCCCAACGACAAGUAUGAAGUAAGCGAGGUUUGUGGUCAGAAGCGGGAUGUGCUGAUAGCGGAAUCCUCCACAGCCACCUCGGCCAAGUGCCCACCUCCUGAAAGUGGUGGCAACGACGCCCCAACUGCAAAGGAUGGUGGUGCGUUUGCAACAACGGAUCCGUUCCAGGUUGCGCCCGAGCUUGCGCCACAACAGGGCCUUCCAUACCAGUUCCACGUUUGCGGUCCUCCACCUCCACCGUGCGAUGACCUGCGGAUGCGCACUGUAAACGCGCUGAAGACUGCUGGGAAUGUUAACAUGGACGCUGACGCCAUCGACGCUCCUCCCGACCCGGAAAUUGCCUCCAUUCUUAAGCUGGUGCAAUCUAUCUUUGAGGCACCAGCUGCCCUAGUUGCCUUGUUUGACGAUCGACGGAUCUUUGUGCGAGACGCCGAGGGCGCUUUUAAGCGAGGCGACUUCCCUUGGCGUUGGUCCUUCUGUGGCUGGACAAUGGCGUCCAAGAACCACCAAAUUAUGGUUAUUCCCGAUGCCACUAAGGAUGCCAGGUUUUGCAACAAUGCCAUGGUUAAAAGCGGCCCUGGCGUGCGGUUCUACUGCGGGACACCUCUCGUUGCUUCUAACGGCCACCGCAUCGGUACACUAUGCUUUGCGGACACCAAGCCUCGUGAGUUCGACGCCUCGCGCUGCGUUGUGCUCAACAACCUGGCGGAGCUGGUUGUCCGGCAUCUGGAGAAGGACAUAGCACUGCAGCUCCGUGCGCACGACAACAACAGUCUGGCAGCUGCGUAUGGCAACCUGCGCCGCACACUGGACUGUUUCGACCACUGCGUCGCACUUGUCGACACGAGCUGCGCAGGCUGGCGCGUACUCUUCGUCAACAACCCGUGCUGCAAAACUCUGGGUCUUGAGCGUGAAGUCCUGCAAGGCAGUUACAUCUCGCGGCUGAUGACGGAUGAUAACGGUGCCAUGUUGCCGACUGAUGAGCAAGAGAGGGCUGUGGAGAAGGGGCAGGAUUUCCAGGUGACCGCACGCCUGUCGGACCCCCUAGUGGAGGAGAUGGAUGACAAGGACAGCGAGGAGGUUGGUGGCAAGGCCGCAGCACGCGCCCGCCGCUUCGUGCUGACGUUCAGGGCUGCGUCCCGAGAAGACAUCGAUGGUGGGGCGAUUCCUAUCGGCGUGCCUUCCCUCAUCCCACCGUCCCCGACGGCGAUCGAGUUCGCCCCUUCCGAGGGCUCAGUCGCCAGCAGCGGCAAGGAGCUGUGCAAGGCUCAGCGCCGCUCAGACCGGCUGUACUUCAUGCUGCUGCAGGAUGCUGCCAAGCUGGAGGCCGAGCGUGCGGCCGCGCAGGCCAAGGCCGCAGCGGAGGCCAAGCUGGCGUCGGGGACAAUGUCGGGCCAUUCGUCCAGCGCAUCGUCUGCCUUCAGCCACGAGAAGGAGCUAUCGCAGCCUCCCGAGAGCAUUAGCGGGCUUUCCGUGGGCCAUCUGCUUGGCAAGGGUGCUUACGGCAGCGUCUACUACGGCGUGUGGUAUGGCUCCCCGGUGGCCGUCAAGAUCAUUGACGAGGAGCUGCCGCCCGGCGUAGAAUCCGUGGCUCCGCCGCUAGAGGCUAUCCUUAGCAAGGAAUUGCGUCACCCGCACAUCGUCGCGACGCUGCGUUGCGCCCGCCGGAUUGUGGGUCCCUCUGGCAGCUCUCAUGCGGUGUCUGGCAGCACUCUGGCCGCCUUGCGGCGUGGCGGCGACGGCUCCAACCUAACACCUGAUGGCAGCACUGGGGCGUUUAGCGACGAUACCGCCCGUGUGUCACGCUCCGUUGAGGGUGCUAAUGGUCCUACCAGUGUUGGAGCUUCCUGCCUUGCGUCACGGCGCAGGGCGGGUGGCAGCGGCCUCACAGGCAACAGCUCCAGCUGCGGCCCGGACGGCGGCUGGCUGCAGGGCAGCUUUAACACUCGUCUCGGGCAAAGUGCGGCUCCUGGCGAUACCAACAGCAAUAAUGCAGGGCCGAGCAGUUCAUCGCCUGCCGGGACCACCGCUGCUUCUACUUGCAACGGCGAUUCUAGCGCGCCGACCAGCGACAUGCCUUCAGCCCAGCCCUCCGCAGUGGGCCUCGAGGGGGGCGCUUCUCAAGCGCUUUCGCAGGGACUCUCCCAGUCGCAGAGCCAGGCUGGUGCCGUCAACUGUACCCUUGGGGGAAAUGCCAGCGAAGCCGAUGUCUGUGCUCUCCGUAUUAAUACGCCUGCCAGUCCCAGCGCCGCCGAAGACGGCACAGGUGCCGAAGGUGACAUUCGCGACACCUCGCACGGCAGCACCCAUGAGAGCGAGGCGUAUGACGAUUUCGAUGUGGGUCGCGACAGCUACGUGAGCCCCUUCCUCCUUCCGCCCGGCAGCCAGCAGGCCGGAGGCGCCGGUGGCACAUCGGCCAUGCUUGCCCAUAGCGGCAUGUCUGGCAACACCAGCGGAAAGUGGCAGAACGAGGUUCUCGUUCGACACCAAACAUGGCUUCUUAUGGAGUACUGUGACCGUGGCUGCCUACAGGACGCCAUUGACCGCGGAUGGCUCCGCACCUCACCGUCAGCUGAGAAUAGUGCACCCCGGAUGGAUGCCGUCUUGGCAACAGCCAUUGAACUGGCCUCAGCGCUGAGCUACCUGCACUCGAAGGACAUCGUGCAUGGGGACUUGUCAGCAUGGAACGUCAUGCUCUGCACUUCAGGCUCGACUGCUCCUGUCGGCGGUCGUGGCUUCGUGGCGAAGAUUGCGGACUUCGGUCUGGCGCGGCACCUGGACAUCCGGACAAAAAUUCAGACGCGUACUUACGGAACGUUGACCCACAUGCCGGCGGAGACGCUUCGCGACGGUGUCAUAAGCAAGGCGACUGACGUGUACUCCAUGGGCGUCUUGCUGUGGCAGCUUUUCACGGGAUCACGCCCAUGGGCAGGCCUGCGACACGGCCAAAUUAUCGUGAUGGUGGUGACGCAGGGGGCGCGGCUGCGCUUUACGCCUGGAUGCCCGUCCGCAUUCGAGGAGCUGGCGAUGGCGUGCAUGGAGUCGGACCCGAGCAAGCGCCCCACCAUUGAGAGCGUGCUUGCUGGGCUAGAGGCUAUCCGGAAGGAAGUGUGCUAGGCUUUAAUGCCUCGGUGAUGUGAUGGAGAAGUGGCACCAUAGCUGAUUUCCAGAGACAGUAUGCGCCCUGUGCAUUGUCUGUGUAUAAUGGAAUCCAUACCACAGAUGUGGCUCAUUCCGCAGGAUUUCCUGGUGUUAGUGCGUCCGCUUGGGCGAGAGGCAGAGCCUUACUUUCAAGUAAACUCAAGCAAUAAGACUGAACAGCAUGCUAGGCCUGUUCCCUUUCCCUGAUGUUUCAUGUGUGGUAACACGAACUCGGGUCUUGGGUGGCAGAUGUGUAGCAAACAUCUAGUGCCCCAAGCCCUUCCACACCGCAGGGUGAGCGACAGGAGUCUUUAUUUGGAGUGUGUUGUGAACUGUUGGUUUGGUUUGUACGCUUAGUAUGGGCUUCCCCUGAAAGAUGUUAGCCCGGCAUGAGGAAUCUUUGACGCCCUCUUUCCUUCUCCACUUUGUACAUGAGAUUGAUGACAAUGUUGAGAGGCGCCUCUAGGGUUGUUGGUUCGUAAGGAAAGCAUAUUACGUAAGGGUUUUACGUUUGUUCCCAUUGGUAGGGGCUGUAUAUGAUGACGGGUGGUUGUUGGAGAUCACGGUUUUGCAGGUAUAUCCGUAAGCUUAUCGAAUGGGGUCUUAUCAAGACCAUUGUGUGGUGUUAAUACAAGAGGACUCCGCCGCCGGCACACUUGUUUUGGAACUUGAAAAGAGGUGCCGCUGUGACUAUGUUGGCCGCAGGCGGUGGUGUUUGUGACUGUAGCGGCAAUGGCCGUGCAUUGGCAGGACAGCUGUGGAUAAGCGCUUCCGCGCUGCCUGGGAUUCAUUGCACUUACCAUGGGGUCUAGUGUUGCUAGCCAAGCAGUAGUUGAUGGUCCUUCGUGACAGCACAUGUCAGGACGGAAGGUGACACGUUGUCAUGAUGCUGCGGCCAUUCUUUUGCAUAAAGGUAUAGUGUUGUAAUGUGUGGGUGCACUAAACAAUGUCAACGUGCGGCAUACGGUAGGCUACCGGUAGGCGCAUGAGAAUUAGGAUUCGAGCCGUAUCUGGAUAUCGAUAACGGCUACGACCAUAGCCCCAGCAACUAUG